AUGCCUGGAGCACACGAGGAGCACCCUAGCUACCGGUUAUCUGUACACCAAGGACCGAUCAAAGACGCUUGGGACGACGACACCAAGGGCCGCAUCGCUAGCCUGAGCCUCUCGAGGAUGCUCCCGACGGGAGCGAAGCCCAGAUCAUCUAUCAGAGGUAGGGCUCUCUCCUUGCGUGGGUCGAGAGCUGCUUCCACUGCACGACGCUUACUGGUAGCAGCGAAUGGUUCACCCCUCGCUGCCAUGAAGUCGCAGGGACUCAACGAUGACGACAACGUAUUUGGGGGAGAUGCGAAGACACUGCGGGAUGCUACAGCCUUGGCAGUUACGGAAGUAUGGAACGACGACAGGUCAGCAACCAGCUCGUUGAUAGGGAAAGUGGACAAAGCCGCAUCACGUCUGGAAGACGUGAUGCGGCUGCGUGCUGCGGUUGCGACGUCCCAACAAAAGGCAGAUUUCAUUGUCUGCAAUUUGGAUGGGGCAGCGCGUGAGAAGGUAGAACAGUUGAGUCAGCAGGAACGCUGCGACUUCGCAGUUGUAGCACAUCUGAAGCAGGCAUUUGAAGGCCCGCAACAUCGCUAA